UACAAUAUUGAAUGUCCCGGGGAAGACAAAAGACAACAUAAAAUCGAGGUUAGACUUGCCGGAUAUUUGCUCAAGAAGUGAGUUACAUAUAAACAGCAAUGGGCAAGUUCCUGUUCCGAUAUUCAGAUUGUCUUCAGAAAAAAAGUCGGUGUUGUUCAACUGGGUAGCAUCAGAAGUGAAAUUCCCCGAUGGGUAUGUUUCAAAUCUGUCUAGAUGCAUUGAAAAGGGUCAAAAGUUCUCCGGGAUGAAGAGUCAUGACUGUCAUGUCUUUAUGCAACGACUACUUCCCUUUGCUUUUGCGGAGCUACUUCCUACAAACGUACAUGAAGCACUUGCAGGCAUUGGAGCAUUUUUCAGGGAUCUGAGCACCCGCACUCUUAAAGUAGAAGUCGUGAAACAGCUUCAAGAGAACAUUCCCAUCUUAUUGUGCAACUUGGAGAAGAUAUUUCCUCCUGGGUUUUUUGACGUCAUGGAGCAUCUAGCUGUGCACCUCCCAUAUGAGGCAUUGCUUCGUGGACCUGUACAUUACGGAUGGAUGUAUCAGUAUGAGCGAGCCAUGAAAUAUUUGAAGGGAAAAGCAAAGAACCUUGCAAAGGUUGAAGGUUCUAUAAUUGCUGGAAGUUUGACGGAAGAAACUUCUCACUUCACAUCGUACUACUUUGCGUCAAAAGUACGUACCCGGAAAAGAGCUCCAAGGAGAUAUGAUGACGGUGGUGUCGCGCCAACAUACGCAGUUGCUGGUGUUCCAGACAUUUUUACCCAGAUUGGGCGACUGGGUGCCGGCGGUUCCGGUUCUUCAGAUCAGGAGUCUGUUCCCGAGACUCAGCAUUUCUUCCCUCCAAUGCCUCCUCCGAUGACUCAUCCGAUGGCUCCUCCGGUGGCUCCUCCGGUGGCUCCUCCGGUAGCUCCUCAGAUGGCUCCUCCUGAGAUUCCCGCCGGCAGAGCUGGUUUACCAAUUAUGGACCCCGACAGACCCGACGGGACUUUGUGGUAA